AUGAAUAACCCAAAGACCAACCAAAAGAUGAACUUAUCAAGGGGGUACCCCUUAACCGUCUGCGAUCAAUAUAAUAAAUUCAACCUAAUUGUGCCAACUUUGGAUGCGAAUAUCAUGCUUUGGUGUAUUGGACAACUUUCGCUGCUGAAUGACUCUAAUGGUUGUAAGCAUUUGUUUUGGCAACCGGAUGACAAGUCAAAUGUCCGAAUCUUACUAAAUAAUCAUGACUAUGGUCACUUGUUCAAAUACUUGCAGUCUCAAAGAAAAUGUUCAGUUUAUAUCGGAGAAGGAACACUUAAGAAAUACGGAUUGACUAUUUCUACAUACUUUGACAACUUUUUGGACAACAUGGAUUCCAAGGAGAAGGAAACCUUAUGUAGAGAAGCCACACACGAAGAUCUCGCUCCUCCAAAGGCUGCUCCCGAAAGGGAGAUAAACUCUAAUUCCACCACUAGUGUGGUUGUAUCAAGAAAAUGCUUGGAUAACUUCACGAAACAGCUUUUCAAGUUGGAAAAAUCCCUAAAUAAAUUGGAACUCGAGCAAAAGGUCACAAAGAAAGAACCUGACCACAGAAUAAGCGGUGCGAUUGACAUACCAGAAGAUAGACCGGAACUAGUGAACUUCUUCAAAGAGUUGAAGACAGUCGAACAACUUGAGGACGUCUUCCAACGUUACCAUGACUACGAAAAGUUAUUGCAAAAAUGUGAUAGUAAGACAGAAAUCGUCGCUGACCUUUCAAAAAAAGAAGCUGAAAUAGAAUCAGAACACCCAAAUGGGCGCUCACUGCAAAUUACAAUGAAGCAUAACGACAAUUCAUUGUAUUUCCAAUUGUUCAACAACACAAACUCCGUUCUCGCAGGUAACUGCAAACUAAAAUUUACUGACGCUGAUAAUAAGCCAACCACAAGAAUUAUUGAAAUGGGCCCUCAUGAAAUAGGAAUAAAGGAGUACAAAGAAUUCCGAUACUUCCCAUACGCGUUUGAUUUAACAGCCGGUUCCACGAUUGAAAUUGAAAAUGAGUAUGGAGAGGUGAUCUUCUUGGGCAAACAUAGCUUCUAUUCAACAAUUAACUUAAGGCCACCUUCAAGAUUAUCUGCGGAAAGUUUACAGGCAUCCCAAGAGCCCUUUUGCUCCUUUCGGAUCGAUACGUUACCAGAACUAGAUGACUCCAGUAUUAUAAGUACAUCCAUCUCACUCUCUUAUGACGAUGACGACAACGAGAAAGCGUUGACUUGGGAAGAACUGUAA